AUGGGUUCAAGUUGCCAACUGACGCUGCUCGCCAAGUCCGAGUUGGCGCCCGACGCUCGACGAGAGCACCGCAUCAACGCCAACUCGUUCCAGCAGGACGCGCUGACGACCUUCAGCGGCUGGCAGUACGCCUGCUUCUACGCUCACAAGGAUGCCGACAGCGACGUCCUCCUGGUCAGCCUCGCGCGGCGGCCCGUCGGCGGCUCACUCGGAAGCUGGGAGACGUUGACCUUUGCCGACUACGAGCAGACGGCGGACGACGGGCACAACACCAUCUCGAUAGGCGUCUGCGCCGGGGACGGGUCCAUCCACGUCUCCUUCGACCACCACUGCGAUCCUCUGCACUACCGCAUGUCGGUGCAGGGCGUCGCGACGAACCCAGCUGCGCACCAGUGGACGCCGUCGCUGUUCAGCCCGACUCACAACCAGUUGCCGGGCUACACUCGCACCGGCCAGCUGGGCAUCGAGAAGCUCUUCCUCGAGACGACGUACCCCCGGUUCCUACGCGUCGACGACGAUCUCCUUCUGAGCUACCGCAUUGGCAUAGCCGGCGCGGGAUCCGAUCACCUCUUUAGAUACAGCAGCAAGACUCAGUCGUACUCGUACGUCGGCCAGUUCCUCACGGGCGUCAAGAACAACCCGUACAUCAACGGCAUCUCGUACGCGGGCGGGCGCAUCCACGUGUCCGGGACCUACCGUGGAUUCGUCUGGUACGAGGGCGUCGACGACCCCGAGGCGAGGCUGCACACCGUCCAGGCCGGACCCAACGGGCCCGAGAAUAACCACAAUUUAUUCUACGUCAACAGCGACGACGGAGGCAAGACAUUCAAUAACACCCGCGGCGAACGCCUCGCCAACCUCGAGCUCGGCGAGACCGUGUUCCCCGACGGCGAGGACCUCAUCGUCUUCGACAUACCCAUGAACAGCGGCAUCCUGAACCAGGAGGCGCAGGCGGCCGAUGGCGACGGCGGGUUCCACGUGCUGAACCGCGAGAACGAGAGCUCAAAGGACCGAGAGUCUGUGAGAGAGAGGAUGAGAGGAGCAUAG